AUGGCACCAAACCCGAAACCAUACAAGCCUCUCAAAAAUAGGAAGCUGCCGGCCACUGGCUUACAGGCGGACUUUCGAAAGCAGGAGGAGCAAGACGUGAAGGAGAUGGAGCAAGUACGUCCACCACCGACAAAUGCCCACCCUCUUUUGGACCCCGUCACUCACCAUAACGGCCAAGGCAAUGUUGAAAAUGAUCAAAUUGACGUUGACAAUAAUCAAAUGGAUGGACCUGCUCCUGACGAUGGCGAUUGGAGAGAUGUUGAAGAAGAUGUUGAAGAAUUCAAUAAUCAUUUAUCAGAAGAGCAUAGACAAAUUAUUGCCGCACUCAACUCAACUCUGUAUCAAAGCAAAAGGCUAGAAUAUGAAGCCAAAUGGCGCGAAAAAAUACUAGAAAUUGGGGAGACGGGGUACUUUGGAAACACGAUUAUAAAGUGUCAUAAAAAUGUUCGCACAGUGUUGGGUGUGCUCUCCUGGACCACCAAGGUAGAGACAAGGUUGAUCAAAUCCUCUGCGAUGCUUUCUGAUUUGGCCAAAUCAGAUCGUAAGUAUACCACCAACUUCUUUGAGCAACAAUGGGAGAGGCAGCAAAAUAUUCAGCAAAACAUCAUCAAUGCCCCUACACGCAGACUCAAAGAAAGAAUGAGUGUUCUAUUGGAUCUUGAGGAAGAUUUAAUUGAGGCACGUAAUACCCUGGCGCUUUUGGAAGCAGGGACAGCCCCUCUACGGACUCAAGAGCAACAGCACGAGCUUUUGGACUUGCCCAGAACUCUUACCCAACUGGAGAACAAGAUACAAAAUGUAGCUAAUGAGUUGGGCUCCCAACAGUUUCGAGAGCUGACUGGAACAACCGACGAUCGAGCUAAACCUAGGAUGUUACUCCAAAUUGCAAAGUCAAAGAUGUACGGCGCAAAGGUUGAUUGCAUUGAAAUGCAAUGUCGAGCGGAUGGCACUACAGUGACAUUGGCACUUCAACUGGGUAUAGAAAAACGGUCAUGCAAACUUUGGAUAAUGUGGAAAUGGGGAAUUGAAGAUGUGAUGUCUCGGACAGCACUUUAUCUUCAGCUUCCAGGCGGUUUUGAUCGUGACUUGUUAUCAAAGUGGCAUGCUUUGGUCAAUUCAUGCCCUGGCCAAUGGGCUGAAAUGAUUGGUAUACCUAAUGAGAUGGAUGAUGAUGAUGCGGACGACGCAUUAUUGGAUGUAGACCUCCUUGAGGAUCUUGUUGGAAAUCUCCAAAUUGUAUCGUAG